UACGUUUUAUUCAGAUUACAUCUGCCUAACUCUUUACUGACAGCCACUCUCCCUGCAUCCGUCGUUAUGAAGAAGAUCAUCACGGUGUUUGGAGCCACAGGUGCCCAAGGGGGUUCGGUAGUGAAAGCUCUCUUGGAGGAUGGUACCUUCAAUGUCAGAGCUGUGACCCGGGACACCAGUAAGCCGGCAGCCGUAAAGCUAAGACAGGCCGGGGCAGAGGUGGUGUCUGCUGAUAUGGACAAUAAAGAGAGUCUGGAGGCUGCCCUUAGUGGAGCUUAUGGAGCUUUCGUAGUCACGGUUUGGGAUAAUUCCAAGAAGGAUAAGGAGUUCAAACAGGGCAAAAUGAUUGCAGAUUUGUCAAAACAUCUGGGCCUUAAACAUGUUGUCUUCAGUGGGUUAGAGAACGUGAAGAAACUGACGGGUGGAAAGCUGGAAGUUCUCCAUUUUGACAGCAAAGGGGAGACGGAGGAAUACUUCAGAGCCAUUGAAGUCCCAAUGACCAGUGUUAGACUUCCCUAUUACUACGAGAACCUUCUGACAUCCAAGCCCAAAAAGUCGAUGGAUGGGUUGACCUAUCAUCUGUGCCUCCCAAUGUGUGAUGUUCCACUGGAUGGGAUGUCUGUCGCAGAUCUUGGUCAAGUGGUGGUCAGCAUCCUGAAGUGCCCAUCAAAGUAUAUUGGGAAAGACAUCGGGCUCAGUGCGGAGAAGCUAAUGGUGGAGCAGUAUGCAGCCAUAAUGUCCAAGGUCACGGGCAAGACCAUUAAAGAUGCUAAGCUUUCUCCUGAUGAGUAUGAGAAGUUGGACAUCCCAAGAGCUAAACAGAUGGCCAACAUGUUCCGGUUUUAUAUAAUGAAGCCCGAACGGGAUGUGUCGAUCACACAUGAACUGAACCCUAGAGUCAAGACAUUCCAGCAAUGGUUGGGAGAAAACAAAGCAGCUUAUGAGGACUUGUAAAGAAUGUUGUUGUUGUUGUUGUUGUUUUUCUUUUAAUUACUUAAUCAUCUACUAUUUUUAAAUUACUGGAAAUCUCUCUGAAUAGAAAAAAAAUCUCAAACACCUCUAUAUCCUGUUUCGGAUAUUUGGGCCUUAAAAUGUAUUUGAAUAAGCCGCACUUGUCUUAUGAAAAGUUCUGUAA